AUGAAUUCAGCAAUGCCUCAGUGGGGCUGGCCAUCCGAUAUCCCAAAAGGCACGGGCUACUCCGAAGCCGACGCACCCGAGGCGUCACAAACCAGCAAUUCUGAGGGCCAUAGUCAUAGUCAGAAUGAGAAUCAAAACAACAGUCAAAAGCAGUCGCGACCUGAGCCAAAGCAGAAAUACUAUGGCCCACGAACAUGUCGCAUUUGUUUCGACGUUGUUCACCCUACAUUCGAGGAGCCUAACGUUAUGGGCGGGUUCAUGAACACAGCACCGCGACCUAUCUACAAAUCUGAAGAUCCUGACUGUGGACGGCUUAUUUCACCAUGCAAGUGCAAGGGUUCUCAGCGCUACGUUCAUGAAGGCUGCUUACAGGCUUGGAGAUAUGCCGACUCGACGGCCGAUCGAAAUUUCUUCGCGUGCCCGACCUGUGGCUACCAGUACAAACUUCAGCGACUGUCUUGGGCAAACCGUCUAUCAAGCGCUUAUGCGCAGAUUCUACUGACCAUCUUCAUAUUCAUCUUCUCGGUUUUCUUGCUUGGAUUCAUUGCAGACCCGAUUUUGAACCUUUGGAGUGAUCCAAUGGGCACCAUUGCUGAUACGGUUGCGAAUGUGCUCGACGAUAUUGAAGCCAUCAACGACCCAGAGCCCGAAGAGUCAGGAACCUGGUUGGAGCAUUUUCUCAAAGGUUUCUUCUCCCUUGGGUUGCUUGGUUUCUUGAAGUCCUUUCUUGCUAUGACACCAUGGCAAUGGUGGAAUCUUCGGUCCAGCGGACUCCUUGGUACCACCGGACGUCGCGGAGGAACAGGACGCGCGCGAGUUGAAAAUAUCAACCUGGGUCUCGUUAUGAUCGGCGCAGUUACCUUCAUGUGGGGUGUCUGGAAAGGAGUAAGGGCUCUCAGUGCGUCCGCCCUGCAGCGCGCAAGUGACAGGGUAUUUGACGUGGGUGGUGAUGAUGAUGACGAUGAAGACACCAAGCAGGACUAA